AUGCCUACCCCCUCCAACCAGGGCUUCAUGUCCGGAAAAAACGAUGCCUCCCCCCUCCGGCCACUAGGAUCCAUGUCCGGAAGCCGAAGAAGCUCCCCCGGGAUAAUCGGGGUUUACCCGCCGAUGUCGACCUCACCCCCGCAUCUCAUCUCACGAAUCAAGCCCAUUCGUAUCGCCACACUCAAGCACGUUCAGGUGCGCCCGGCGGUUGGAUCGGCACCUCCUCGUAGUGCCCCAAGACAAACCGUUGUGGGAACAUUAGCCGCCAAACCUGGUCCUACCAAUUUGCGAAUCGAAGAAUUCAGGAAUGCAAAGAGCGAUUGGAGUGGUGUCAAGAGCGAGACGAGGGAUGCCCUGAAGCGAGUUUUGAAGGAACGGUAG